AUGUUCAGAUCCAUUCUCGACCGAAUCGUGCUCGUCACUCGCAAAGACGUGCCUGCAGUGAUUGUAUCAGCAUCUUUUGAAAAUAUACCGCUCCAGGAGACCGAAAUCGCCCAGCUUGAGAGAGCACAAGCGUCAACACUACUCGGGACUGAUAUAUGGAGGGAUCCCUCUGGUGCGAACAGUUAUUUGUUCUACAACGAGAAUGCCUUCGAUUUAAACCUCGACUGGAUCUUCAACAAUAAUUUCGAUGCCGAGUCUGAGCUAGCCGGUCAACGGGAGCUAUGUCCCCAAGCACAAAACGCAGAGCAAUCUGAGCCUACCACUGAUACUCGUGGAAGAAAUCUACUGCACGGCACCGACACACUGAUUCUACCCGUGCCGGAUACUGUCGAGCGAUAUGACCCAGAUGAUGCUCUGGUUGAGCACGCUGCACCACUUACAACGUUUAUUCUACCAGAUUUGGUAACAUGCGGCGAGGUUGAGGAUUAUUCCCCUUUCUAUCUCAGCCAGCGCUUCGGAAAUUCGACAAGAGCAUUGAUGGAAAGUUGGAUACGUCUGCCACUGAAACAAAGCAUGUGGGAUGCUAUUUCUCUCCAAGCAUUUCCUUCCAAGGAACGACUGGAUCAAUGUAUCGACCUAUACUUCGCUCAGUUCGAUCAACAUUGCCCAGUCGUACAUCGUCCGACAUUCGACCCGGCACGGGAACCUGCGGUAACACUUGCCAUGGUCACUUUGGGGGCCUGUUUCACCAGUUUCAGUGGAGCUCCAGCUUUCUCGAAUGCACUCUCAGAGCUUGUCAGGCGACUUUUGAUUUUCAUGCCAGAACAAGAUCCUCGAUUUGUUCGUACGGAGUACUAUGUCACAGCACAGCUCUUGCAGACUGUCCAUGGCUUUUUCUGUGGCAACCGACGAAUCUUUGAGCUUGCUGAAGCCAGCCGUACGCUUCUCAUCAACCAUGGAAGACGCAUGGGACUCUUCAAUCGACGAGAGUCUUCUUGUCCUCCUCAUUGCUCUCUGGAAGAACGAUGGCACGCAUGGAUUCGAGACGAGCGAUUCAGACUGCUUGGCUGGGCCAUUUACGGUUCGGAUGCUACAGUCGGUUAUAUGCUCAACGUCAAGCCUCAGAUUUCUCUAUCUGAAACGGAUAUGGAUCUCCAGAUAUCUAGCAAGCACUGGGAAGCGCCUUCUGCACAUGCUUGGGCAGCCCUACAUCCCUGGACUCAAACUCCAAAGAAUGUGUUAUUUCAACCUCUUCUCCGAUCACUCUUUGAGAAGCCUGAAACAGUACUCACAAUUCUAAAGGAUGAACACCAUAUAAUUCCGUUUAUCUUGACACUGAUGAGGACUUUGUGGGCCAUUACAGAACUUGAAACCAAUCCGAUAAGAGACUUCUUUCUACGAGAUGAUCAAGGCGGACAGAACAGAACUACCUUGCUCAGGAUUCUAGAUCGCUUAGCAAUAUCACCCUUGUCCCAAUCAGGCCUCGAUGACUCCAGUUCGCGGACGCGAGUUGCACACCGUCUGCAAACCAUACACAUGGCUCACAUAUUAAGUGGAGGUGCUUUUACGCAAUGGCUUUAUCCAUAUCUGCGUGGUGGGUCAGAUUUCGAGGCAGCCAGCGAUAAGAAGAGCAGAUGGGCCGCUGAAGACCCUGCUCGGGUCCGCGAUCAGGCUUUCAGAUGCGCCCAGAUCAUAAGAUUGAUCCGCGAGUAUCCUUUCAAUGCCCCACAGGAAGCAUUCAACCUUUACCACGCUGCUACACUCCUAUGGUGUCUAUCUGAUAUACUCAGUGACGGGGAACCCUGGCAUUACUACACUGAAGGUGCAUCAUGUCGACUGGACCACCUUGGACACGAAGAAAGUACCGAGUCCGCCAUCGUCAAAUACUGGAUUAAGUAUGGGGAAGCACGAUACGUCUCCCUGUAUGGAGUACCAGAUCUCUUGUCACACGAUGGUCGAUUACAACUACUCCACCAAACAAGUGAGACACUUCGGACCAUGCAGGUGUGGGGUAUUGCGCAGAACUUCCUCCGAAUUGUGCUGAGACUCGCUAAGAAGGAGUCUCAAUACUGA